GGGAGGGAUGGAGAGUGAGAGUACUGAGAGAAAUCUGUCAGAUUCAAACACACGUCUCUCUCUGUUGCUGUCUGUGCCAUGAAGAGAACGAGGGAUGGGAGGAGAGAUCUGAGGAAAAGAUAGAAAGAGCCAGCACAAAGUGAGGCCAAUCCAGCCUAUUGAUCGACAACCCAUGGACACAUCCGGCCGAUCUACGCUGAUGAUGCCGCUGCGUUGUGUGCAGCUGUAGGUCAAUUAAACGGCCAUUGGGGGAAAGGUCACAGACCGUAGAGACCGUGCGGGGCCCUGUGGUUGGAAGGUUAAAGAAGAAGAGGUCGUUGGGAAGAGACGAGCAAAGAUGAUGACAGCACAUGGAAAACUGAGGAGGGAGAAGGGCAGUCUGGCCGAGUAUGAAUCCCAGAUGAAAGACCUGCGGGCCCAGCUGACUGACCAGAUCAAGAUUUUGGACUCCCAGGUGGAAGUGAAACAGCAGCAACUCUCAGACCUGUCAGAAUUCCUCCGUCGACGGGGGGAUAUCGAAGCAGAAUACGCACGCGCUCUGGAUAAACUCACCGAAAGGUUCACGCACAAGACUAAGAAGAAGGAGCAGUGGGGCCAGUCGGUAUGUCAAGUCUGGUCCGUUUUGCUCACUCAGACGCGUUUGGAGAGUCGCGAGCAUUCGGCGUUGGGCGACACCUGCUGUAAUAUGCUAACACAGCAUUUAGCGCACAGUACGGAGGACUCGCAUCGACUACACAAACGGAGCAAAGAGGUUGGAAUCCAAAUGCAGGAUGAGCUACUUAAGGUCACCACUGAGCUGCAAACCGCUUUGAAAACGUACAACCAGUACCACACCGACUGCCUGAUAGCCGAGGGCAAACUGAAGGAGGCUGAGCGUUUAGAGGAGAGACACACGGGCAAGUCUGCUGAGCUCGGCCUCGGCCAAUCAGGAGGACAGAGGCGGAGCUCUGUCAAGAAGAUGGAGAGAUUGAUGGAGAAGAGACAUGGCAGAGUGCAGGAGACCCAGCUAAAAUGCACCAAAGCCCGCAAUGAUUACCUGCUCAAUCUUGCUGCAGCCAAUGCAGCGAUGAACAAGUACUACCUGCAAGAUGUCAGCACUCUCAUUGAUUGCUGCGACCUGGGUUUCCAUCCGUCUGUGGAGAGAGUCAUGAAGUGCUACUUGGCCAGCAGGUGGCGCAUCCAGAAGACUGAAGAGGCGGGGCUUAAACAGCUGGAGUCUGCCGUGACGUCACUGGACCAGGGCGGAGACAGAGAUGCGCUGCUUCAGCAGCACGACUCUGCCUUCUGUCUCCCCUUUAGGUUCAACUACCACCCUCAUGAGGGCGACCAGGUGUGCGAGGUGAGUGCGGAGAGCCAGGUGAGGUAUGAACUGGAGACCAGAUUUCAGCAGCUUCAGUCUCGACUAGCUGCUGUCACAUUGGAAACAGAGGAGGUCAGUAAAACACUCAAAGCGACACUGACCGCCCUGCUGGACUGUAUGUGUGACAGCGACUGCAACCCCUCACCUGACGUGCCCAGCAGCCUAUCGCACGAGCCCCCUGGAGGAGGCGCCACAGCCCCAAAACUUGCCCUUGCCAAGCGUCGAGCCAAUCAGCAAGAGACUGAGACAUACUAUUUUACAAAAGUAAAGGAGUUCCUCACCAGUAGCUCUCUGACUUCCAAACUUCAAGCCAAACAUGAUCUACUCCAUGAUGCCAUACAGAAAGCGGAGGCAGUCAACACAGACCCCUCCAGAAUUCACUAUGCUCACUCGGCACGCAUACGGAAGUCCAGACCUGUUUCCCAAUUUUGCCACACACUCUUCACCACAGAUAUACUGUCCUACAUGCAGAGCUCCGGCCAGCAGAUCCCUGUGGUGGUUGAGAGCUGCAUCCGCUUUAUAAACCUUCACGGUCUCCACCAUGAAGGUAUAUUCCGAGUUCCUGGGUCACAGAGAGAAGUUAAUCUGAUCAAGGAUGCAUUUGAGCAAGGAGAAGACCCUUUGUCAGACAGCGAGUGUGAUCUGGACUCUGUGGCUGGGGUGUUGAAGCUUUACUUCAGGGGCCUUGAGCCUCCUCUUUUCCCCUAUGACAGCUACCUGCCUCUGCUGGAGUGUGUCCAAAUCGAGAGCAUUACAGAGAAAGCUGCACAGAUUAAGGCAAUUGUCUCCGCCUUCCCACGGCCUCUCCUCAUUGUGAUGCGAUACCUGUUUGCGUUCCUCAAUCACGUGACGCAGUACAGUGACGAGAACAUGAUGCAGCCCUACAACCUGGCCGUUUGCUUCGGACCCAGCCUGCUGAGGGGACUUGAUUCAGACGAUGCUGUCGCUAGGCAGCCACAGGUCAAUGACCUUGUCAAAACCAUGAUCCUGCAGCAUGACAUCAUCUUCCCCAGCCAAUCAGAAUUGCCUGGUCCCAUCUAUGAGAAGCACAUGACUCUUGAGCAGGAGUACUGUGAACCAAUCACAGAGGAAGGAGAUGGAGAGCCUGAGCACAUGCCCAGUGAGGAUGAAUGGGAAGCUGUGGCAAUAUUCGACUAUGUGGCGAGGUCGCCGGCGGAGCUGUCGUUCAAGCAGGGAGAACUCCUCAUUCUUCACAGCAAGGCCUCGUGUGAUUGGUGGAGGGGCGAAGCUGGAGGGGUCAAAGGACUGAUCCCACACAAGUACAUCAGCGUGCUGGAAGGUCCAGAGAAAGGGAAAAGAGACGAAGGAGGAGGAGGAGGAAGCACCGGAAAUCUAACAGUAGAGGAUCCCCAUACAGAGAACACGGUUCGGAUGCGAGUAAACAGCGACGGCGCUUCGUUGCCAGGGCGACAGAGAGGCAGCGAUGGGAGUCCUGGUCGAAAGCCGCCAACCUCCCCGGCUACAAGACAUCUGCCUGUGUCUCAGGAGCGAAGACACACUCUGGACACUGUGAGACAGGCUGGGUUCAAACCCGUGGAGAGACCUGCAUUUGCUCAGCCAGAUAGGACUAGUGCUGUUGACAAGGACAUGAUCAGUCGCCAGAUGAACUCGGUGUUCAAGGAGCUCCUGUCUCGCCAGCCUCCCAUGCAAGCGCCUACGCUCGGCGCCGUGGCUCCCCCCGCUUCUCUUCCUCCUUCUACUUCUUCCUUAACUUCCUCUCCCCUCCCUCAAGCGGCCCCUACUGCCAAAAAAGUGGGCUUCGGUAUCCGAGGACGAGCCCUUUUUCGGCCGGUGGACUGAGAUUGGAUGGGUGAUUUAAUGCUGUUGUUGCAUUCUGGGAAUAUCUUGGUUUGUUUUUAGGAUAAAUGUAUAUAUAUUUACUAGGGGUGCAACAAUACAUGUAUUUCACGGUUCGAUUUGAUAUGUUAGUGUUGCGGUUCAAUACUUUUUCAAUACAAAAAAUAAAUGCCUUUGCCUUUUUUAAUUUGAAUUGUAUUUAAAUUAUACAAAUAUAACACCAUGAACUAUUUACAAUUUUCAUAUUCGCAACUGAACUAAACUGAACUCUUUUCACUUCCUGAUUGUUGCGGAUUAGGUAUUGCAUUUAAAUGGGAAAGAUGCAAGCCGUGCUCCUAUGUGGCUACUUGUGGCUGUUUUUUUCCGCUAAAAACUGCACCAAACAUGCUCUCUUCUAUUGUGGAGUUGCAUCAUCACCUCUUUGUGCCUCUCCUGCAAAAAGAUGUAUAAAUACGUCUUUGGGAGCAAGCGGCUGGGUUGAAAAAAAAUGGUGAAUCAGUUAAUUAAUUCAAUAAUUAGUACAUUUUACAUGGAUGUAAACACAAAAAUAACUUAAAUGAAAGGCCCACUUCAAAACAAAAACAGUGGUAUAGGUUAAAUACUAGGUUCUAGAAGGAAUCUUGUAAUGGGGCUGAAGUGUACGCAGCAUGUUCUGAAAAGAAAAAAGGGUCACAUAAAACUGCGUAUCAGUUAAAUCCACUUGCGAACCAUGACACCAUCCUCGAAUGGCUCGAUACAGAUACAUGUAUUGUUGCACCCCUAAUAUUUACGUCUGUGCCAUCUCAUAGUACCACAUGGUGCUGUAUUGCAGUAUGUCUUGCAGUGUGUUUUACAGCUUCUCUUUGCUCUUUUCAUUUCUAAAUGUACAUACAGGUCUAUUUUUUGGACUCCUCAUUUGGAGAAUCAGGGAUGUGUUGUCAAUGAAGGUGAAUUAGAGCCACACUGAAAAGACCAAAAUAUUAUAUUAUGUAUUACUAUUAGAAUAAGGGUGUGUUUUUGCAAAUAAUAACUUUCUUCUCAUAAAAACUCAGACUUUAUUGCCAUAUUCCCACUUACACUGUAUGUAUAAUUUAAACUUCACUCACUUAAAAAAAAAUUCUCAUAUUACAAUUAAUGUAUGCCCACCUCUUGCCCAAAGAUAGCUGGGAUAGGCUCCAGCAUACCCACAACCCUAUUAUAUUAUGAAUUAGAUCUCAUAAAAUAACAAAUAUUUUCUUCUGAUUAUACAACUUUUAUUUCUGUAACAUUAGUUUUUAAAAACAAUAAUAUUACAACAUUAGAUGGGGUAGGCUCCAGCUCACCCCUGAUCCUAAUGAGGAGAAGCGGUAUAGAAAGUUGCAUCACUUUUUGGCUCAAUUUUUUUUCUGGUGCUAUUGCACUUUUAUUCUCAUAAAGUUGUGUUUUUUUGUCAUAAUAUUCUAAUUUUAUUCCUGUAACAUUGUGGUUUUUUUUCAUAACAUUGAAACUUCAAUAUUAUACCUUUUUCUUGUGUUAUUAUGCCUUUAUUUUUGUUGAAAUUGUUAUUUUUCUCUCGUACAAAUACACUUUUAUUCUUAUAAAAAUAAGACAAUAUUUUUAUAUGAUGUGUAGUCCCACAUUUAAAGCCAAAUAUGUUGUAUUAUUACAACUUAAUUCUUGUAAAAUUAUCAAUUUCUCAGUAUACAUUUAUUCUCAUAAAAUUGCGAUCUUUUGAUUUUAUAGUCACAAUUCCAAAGUUAUUUAUAGCAUUAUUAUAUUAUUAUAUCAGUGUGGCUCUAAUACUCCUCUGUAAUAAACAGCGAUAAUGCUUUUAAACAUGUCAACAAAAGAUAUACACUGCUCUUCAGUGGCAGAUUUGACAAGGUUCAUUGUUAUGUGAGUUAAAGAGGGGAAAAAAGGAGUGCCUCCAUGCUUUCUUUUCACUUUUUUUUCUACAACAUGUGACUUAAGAGAUGUUAGCGUUGACAUUGCAGUAUUUAAUAGUAGCAUGCAGUGAUUAGACAAACUCAAGAAGAUGAUGAUGACAUUCCCUUUCAUAUGUGACACAUAGCCUACAAGGCAAAACUCAGGGCUUUGCAGCGUCAAGAUGGGCUAAACUCAGGUUUGCCUUUGGAAGAUUUCAUAAGUCAGUUGAUUUUGCUUGGAUGUACAAGAGCCUCAACUGCCCUCACGUCAAGAGGACAAGUCAUGUGACCUCCUCUGAUUGAAACUGUGAAUCCUGCCGCAAAGUUUUGAAAACUCACUCUGAUCUGCUAACAUUGGUGCGAUUCAAGAGGGUUUGAGAUGGUUUUACAUUAUGUCCCCCUUUCUGUUGCGUUUAAGUAGAAACAUUAAGGUGAAACAUUCAGUUUGUUUUACAUAAUUGGUUUGGACUUCAUUGGUAAUGUCACUAGAUUUAAAGUAUCAACGUAUACAUGUGAUUAAAAAAAGAACAUAUGAUGACAAUAAAGGAUGAUGGAGUGAUGAA